AUGGCUAUGAUUUCAUAUGGUAUCUUGGCCGAUGCAAACUCAUCAGAUUUUUUAGGAAGAGCUUCUAUCUUGAGUACAAAAGGAACAGAUGUGCUUGCGAUUCAAGCAGAUGCUACAAUCUUUGCUUACAAUCCUGGUGAUAUUGCUUGGGUUUUAGUUACUUCUGCUAUGAUUUGGUUCAUGGUUCCCGGUAUCGCUUUCCUUUAUAGUGGUACGGUACAAGGAAAAAAUGCCCUUUCACUUUUGCUUUUACCUAUGUUGGCAAUGGCAGUCGUUUCCAUUCAAUGGUGGUUUUGGGGAUAUUCUCUUGCAUUUUCACCUCAUGCAAAUGCUUUUAUUGGAGAUCUUUCACAUAUUGGAUUUGAAAAUGUUUUAUCUGAACCUGAGCAUUCAACUUUUAAUAAAGUACCUGGAAUCGUCUUUGCUCUCUUUCAACAACAACAAGCAGCCUUAGUAGGAGCAGUUGCAAUAGGAGCAGCAGCAGAAAGAGGUAGAAUCGGACCUUCAAUGAUCUUUCUCUUCGUAUGGGCAACUCUAGUAUACUGUCCUUUAGUAGCCUGGAUGUACAAUGAAGCAGGUUGGGCAUUCAAAUGGGGUAUCUUAGAUUAUGGUGGUGGGGUCACAAUGGAGAUUUGUUCUGGGAUGACAGGAUUAGCUUACUCGAUCUUUAUUGGUAGAAGAAGAGGUUAUGGGAUGCAUAAACAUCAUCCUCAUAAUGUACCACAUGUUGCACUUGGAACUGCUUUUCUUUGGUUCGGUUGGCUUGGAUUGAAUGGGGCUGGAACUUUUGCUGCUAAUGUUAAAGCUGCUUUGGUUAUGGUCAAUACUCAUCUUGCCGCUUGUGCAGGAGGUCUAGUUUGGAUCAUCAUGGAUUUUCGAUUGGAUGGUAAAUGGACCUUGGUCGGGUUUUGCUUAGGAGCAAUCUCUGGUAUGGUAUCCAUCACUCCAGCCGGUUAUGUUGGGGCUUCAGCUAGUGUGCUCAUAGGUGCAAUCGCUUCAGCCAUCUCGAAUACAACGGUUAAUUUCAGACACAAACUUCCAUGGGAUGAUGGACUUGAUAUUUUUGGAGGACAUGCGAUUUCAGGUGUAGUGGGAGUAAUCUUGACUGGAGUAUUUGCUUCUAAAUCAAUUGCUCAAAGUGAUGGACAUACGAUCGUAGAAGGAGGUAUGAUAGACAAGAAUUAUAAACAAAUGUAUAAACAAUUAGUGUGGGUGCUUGUUGGAUCUGCUUGGUCAUUUGUUGUGACUUAUCUAAUAAUGAUGGUCAUCAAUCGAAUUCCUUAUUGUCAUUUCAGAGCUACAGAAGAAAGUGAAGUUUUAGGAAUGGAUGAAGAUCAAUCUGGAGAAAGAGCAUACGUACGUAACUCAUCCCCACAUUUUCUUCUUUCUUCCCUUAACCUUUUCCAUUUUUGA